AUGGUUUUGCUCGGUUUGGCAAAAUUUGUAGUGCCGACUAUAGCACGGAGCUGUCGGUAUGCCGCGGUGAAAAGAUGUUACAGUGUGUUCGGUAUCCAAGAUCUGAUUACCCAGGACAAGUCGGACUUUCAAUUGGAGCAAGUGCGAGUAGACCAGCAAGAGUUGGCUGUAGACCUGCUGAAGCAACACUACUUGCCUGAACAUGUGUUGGUGCGAGCGAGACACAUGGACCUCACCGAUGACCGGGCCAUCGACGAGUAUCUCGUGUCGCUUUUAAAACAAGGUAACACCAUAUACGCGCGGGCGGAUGACGGCAGGGUAGCAGGGAUCUGCGUGGGGUUCGCCAGCAGCCCUGUGGACCCCAGGAACUUGAGGAACUACGCCUUCUAUCGACAAGACCCAAACACCAAAGACUUCUUGUACUUCACAGCCAAACUACAAGAAACUCCCAACCUCUGGGAGACAUUCAAGCAACAGAAGAUAUUUGAGAUAAAAAUGAUGACAGUAGUCCCUGAGUUCCGCAGACUGGGCCUGGCGACGACGCUGGUAGAAGCUCUGAAGACGCAGGCGCACGACCAGGGCUUCAGCGUUGUAAGGAUGGACUGCAUGAACCCUUAUGAUUAUAAAGUGGCAGAGCGUUGCAUGCUCCACUGCGUGGUAAGGUUCCCCCUCCACCGCCUGCGCGGCCCUACUGCGCCAUUUGUCAAGAGGUCUUCCAGACAUAACUGUUGCGUACGCGUCUAUGUAGCCGCGCGCCCGCAGCCCGACGCCCCCGACGUCAAGGAAGUUAGGGAAAAGUCUAGGGAAUUAGAGAAUCUCAUUGAAUAAAGUAAAAAAAAAAACGGAAGUCAUUUUUUCACUGCCCUUUUCAUCUAAGAGCGAUUCAUGAUGUAUGUAGCUAAGUAAGCUUGCUCCACUAAUCCACAACGAACUAAUUGGACAAAAAUAUUCCAAAUAUCUUUUCUCAGUUAUCUAACUUUAGCAUCAGAGGCACCCUGUGACUAUUAUACUCGUCCGUGACUUCAUAGGUACCUAUGAAUUUACAAACUGGUUACCUAUAUAAUCACGAUAAUCGUCUAAAUGAAUGGAAAUAUCGCCUAAGGGAUAGUGUAGUUUUUAUUAUUUAAGAAUUAUAAUAUGCAGACUUUUAUUAAGUAGAAUACCUACUUAGAUAUAUCCACGAACUACCUAAUGUGAAA